UGGAAGAUUACCUGGAGCAUCCCUCUUACCGAGAGGGCGGCGUAGGCCUGAAGUAUAAUCUCAACCCUCAUUGUGGAUAUUCAGUACGUCCACGGUCGUGAUCGCGAGUGGUUCGUUGGCGACGAUCAAGUUUCCUGCAACCGUACACAGUACAAGCCUUGCGUGGAUUGUGUUUUAUUGCGCGAUUUUAUACCGGAAGAGCACUCAUUCGAGCUCUUUCCUUCAAGUGAUCGUUAACCGUUGCCAGAAAUGGCAGCAGAAGAAAAUGGUACCAAUGCCAUCAACACCGUCGUAGGGCCGGACGAUGAUCCGAUGCGUGAUCCAACACGCUGGGAGAAGUUCUGCCAGCGUCAUGGAAUCAAUCCGAAUCUGAUUAUGCUGAAGAUUACAUUGUUCGUUAUGUACGGCGCCACCUCCUCGCUGCUACCGUACCUGACCAUCCACAUGCAAAGUACCGGCUUGACGGUAGAGGAAAUCGCAAUCAUCUACUUGGCGCUACCGUUCACCACGUUCCUAAGUCCACCGAUCACCGGAUUCCUGGUGGACAAGUUCGGACGGUACAAACCAGUUGUCAUCAUGAGUUUGCUUUUAAAUGCAUUAUUUCACCAUUCGCUGCUGCUGAUCCCGCAGCAGGAAAUACCUGGCAAGCUACCGGAAGCGUACGUAAUGAGACAUCCCGGCACGGGAAAUGUAGAGGUUUGGUGGUCACCCUGCCCCAGCCGCGAGUGCCCAGAGGAGGAAGAAAUUGAUAUCGUCGUCGACCAGUGUUUGGACCAUUGUUUGCUGCAGGAACAGAACCCGAAGAUCGAGUUGGCACCACCACCGACCGAUCUACCACUCGUCGUCACGCCGAUUGGUGAUGAACCGAACGAUCCGAAGGACGACCUCGAUCUAUACGUGCGUAACAAGGGUAAAGGCAACAAGAACAAAACAGCGGACGUACUUAGUAGCACUAGCAGUAGUUCGAGCACUACCGAGCUGUACAUGGACAAAUCAUUACUUAAAGAGACACCCGAAGAAUCAGAGGAAAGUGAGGAAGGGUGGGUGGUGGCGGGCAGUGGCGAUUCGGCGUUUAUCGUACUCGACAUGCACCCCGAUCUGGGCGAACCGAUCGAACAGUUGGGUAUGGAAAUCGAGCAUGAUGACAAUGCUACGGUGACCGACUUUAAGACGCGCUUUGGUGUGGCCUUGCUCUGGCAGCAGGGCGUCAAUGUUACCGCACUCGAGGAGGAGGAUCUUCGCUGCGGUGGGCUAGUAAUGACAUCGAACAUGACGCUCAACAGCAAUAUCAAGCUGUCGGAGUGGGCCGCUGACUGUAUGGUGCAGCGUUGUCGAUUCCGCCGAAACGGUCCCGAUAUCUGCCCGCCGGACUACAAGGAGAGCGACGAUAAGAUCUUUUGGAUAUACUUUCUUCUGCGCUUCCUGGCAACGACCAUGCUGUCAGCGGGCGUCACCAUAAUGGACCCAAUCGCACUAACCAUGAUCGAGAAGUAUGGUGGAGACUUUGGUCGUGAGCGGCUGUUCUCCAGCAUCGGUAUGGCUAUCUUCUCGCCAAUCACCGGUGUGCUGAUCGAUCUGUUCUCGAAGGAUCUGGGUUACACGGACUACUCGGCAGCAUUCUACACGUAUGACAUAUUGCUGAUAAUCUCCUCGGUAACGGUGUUCUUGAUGCCACUCGGGGAGAAACUGCCGGCGGAUAAUGUGUUCAAGGAUUUACUGAAUCUGCUGAAGCUAAAGCACGUGAUCAUCUUCAUUUGGUUCCUGUUCUUGUUGGGCAACUUUUGGGGCUUCAUCGAGAGCUUCCUGUUCCUGUACCUCAAGGAGCUUGGAGCUCCCAACUACUUGCUAGGCAUUACCAUCACCGUUGGUACGGUGAGCAGCAUACCCUUCCUGUACGGCGCUGGACGCAUCACAAAAAUUGUGGGACACGUCAACCUCAUCGUGAUUGCUUUCAUCGCACACGCCUGCCGCCUAGUGGGCUAUUCGUUUAUUGAGAACGCAUGGUGGUGCUUUCCGUUCGAAGCGAUGGAAGCGCUUUCUUGUCACCUGAUGUGGGUUGCUGCCGCAACUUACUGUGCGCUGCUGGCUCCGAAAAAUCUGUUGGCCACACUGAUCGGUGUGCUGGGUAUGGCUCACUUCAGUCUGGGCCGUGGCAGUGGCUCCUUCUUUGGCGGAUUUCUGAUCGGUGAGGUUGGCACACGCGAAGCAUUCCGAUACAUGGGCCUGGUAGCGGUGGCUGGUGGACUUGCUUACAAAUUCAUACAUUCAAUCUGGUUGCGUAAAUAUGACAAUCCUGACGCCGACGAUGAAGCCGUGGAAAAGGGUGAAGCCGAAAAGCUGUACACCGAUGGUGACGAGCCGAAGACGAAAGAUCAAGGUACAUCGAUGUCGCAGGAGCGCCUAUCGCUCAUGAUAAAGUACAACCAGAUAGGAAGCCUCACGUCCUUACCGCGUGGCUCAAGAGGUGACGUGAACGAUGUCUUUUCCAAACGACGCAGCAGCUACAACAUUGAGUUCGUACGCGCUCAAAAGGGUGGUGGUAGUGCUUCGAAGGUGGAUCUACUGAAGUCAGCGGUCGACAUUAACCACAAGGCAUCCCAUCAACAUCUGCGCAAGGAAGGUAAAGCGUCCGAUCAGUCACUCAACUCGAAACGUGCCGACAGUGCACCACGUUUGAAUCAAUCGAAGAACAUCUCGCAACCGAUCCUAAGUGCGGUAGUGGACGAGGACCUGCCGUCGUCUGUGCUGUCACGCCACAGGAAAAAGCACCAUCAGAGCGGCAUUCUGGUCGUGAAGGCCUGCAGCCAGGACGGGGAUUUGGAUCUGCGCAAUUAUUUGCGGGAAACUGAACAACGCGACUCGAUCACCGAGGGAGAGGAAGAGAACUAUAAGCUAGAGCUCAGCAAGAAAGCUUCCCGUGGCCAUGUGCUCAAUGACAUCCCCGAAAAGACGGUGGAAGCGGUAGACACCGCUGCAGCUACGCCACCGGUGACUCAGGUGGUCGAGGGCACGGACACAACUACCACCACUACCACCACCACCACCACUCCGAGCAUAGCAGAUGAUCACACGACAGCCAAUGCUUCUUGAUAAAGGGACGAUGGAUGUAGUUAUGAGCGUGAAGAACGGAUUGUGCUGCAAUGGUGCUUGUGCAUUUCGAUAGCAGGAGAGAUGCUUUCUAGCAUCUUUUGCUUUGCCUAUCAUGGGGCCGCACGCUAUUGAUUGCCGAUGCAGUGAAUCUCCAUUCCCAAUUAGUAUUGUUUGUGCGUUCCUCGAGAUUAUGAAUAUUUAGCGCAAAUCAGCGCUCGCCAUAAGUACAAGCAGCAAACGUGAAUAAAAUGGUUGGGUUCUGUAAAAAAAAAAGAA